CCAAACACUGGAUUCGGCUCAACAAAAUUGUUUAAAAUAUAUUUUAAAGGUAUUUUUGGCAUUUGGUAAGGCAAAAUGCCGCCAGACAUGAAUAUAACCAGUGACAGUGACCUGGAUACUGUGCUGGAAGACUUCAAGCAGAAGGUGGAGCGUCGCAAUAGUGUUGGCACGGCGAAGUACACGUGCAGCAUUGCAAAAUGCGGGGCCACAUUUAAGCGUCUCGACCAAUUGGAUCGGCAUGAGUUCCACCACACGGGCAAAAAGAAGCAUGCCUGUUCGUUUGAGGGCUGUGACAAGAUAUACUCAAUUGUUACCCACUUGAAGCGGCACAUUCGAAGCACCCACGAGCGAACCGAGGAUGCGGCACAGAAGAACGUCAAGUGCUCAGUGCUGGAGUGCACCAAGAUGUUCACCUCUGACAGCAACAUGCAGCGGCAUGUGCGCGAGGCCCACGACAGUCCCCGCGAGUAUCCAUGUGGACACUGCCCGGCUAAGUUCUCGCAAAAGUUGAAGCUGAAGCGGCACGAUAUUCGCGAGCACACCCAGGACUAUCCGUACCGCUGCAGCAAGUGCAGUCGCGGCUUCUAUCAGGAGUGGCAGCGGGAGAGCCAUCAGGGCAGCUGCAAGCUCUACUCCUGCCCAGGCUGCGCCCUGCAGUUCGACAAGUGGACGCUCUACACGAAGCAUUGUCGCGACACGCUGCACGGACGACAGCGUAACAAGUGCGAGCACUGCGACAGCAGCUAUGCCAAGCCCAGCGAUCUCAAGCUGCAUAUGGAGGCCAAGCACAAUGACACUGCCGGCGCGUUUCCAUGCACCGAGCCGGGCUGCACUCGCACCUAUUCGUAUGAGCGUAACUUACGCCAACAUCGCCUGGCGGCGCACUCCGGCAGGCGCUUUGAGUGUCAGGCCAUCGACUGUGGACGCUGCUUCAGCAGUGCCCAGAAUCUGUCCAAGCAUCUGGCACGAGAUCACACGGAAGCAAAGACGAAGGCGAAACCCAAAUCCAAUUCAAAGACACGCAAGCGACGGCGCGAUGCUGGCCGCACCAAACAUUCCCAGCUGUCAAAGCUGGCCUGCCUGCAGCUGCCGAAGGAUGUGGACGAGGAGGUGCGUCAACGCAAGGCACCCGCUUUGAAGAAAGUCGCUGAAUCUAUGGCUGUAAAGGCGGACGAUGAGGAGCCCUUGCAGCAGCUGAUUAGCGCGGCUCUUCAAGACGAAGAGGAGGAGCCAGUAGCGAUAACUUCGUUUUAAUAUUUAUUAAACAAAUUUUAAAAACA